AAAGAAAAACGAAAGUGAAAGCAGGACUCCUUCGGCUUCCGGGCUUUACUCUCAGUCCUUCGGGCUUCUCUAAAGGCGCCCUUGCCUUUCCUUGCUUCUCUGCGCUCUUCACUCUCUGGCAGCCUUCUAAUCUGCUUGUAACCAGGACCACGUAUCCAAGCUCCGCGUUCGGAGGUUUCGCGCCGGCCCAGUGACCCUUGUUAGGCUGCUCAAUCGAUUCGUCUGCAGAAAGGAGGGCUUGUGAAUUUUGCAGCCCUGAAGUGGUCAUGUAACAGCCUGCGGCGUCCAAGGGCAUCUCAGGAGACUAAGAACAUCAUUCUGCCCCAUACUGCUGGCUGAAGCCAGGUGAUCUCAAUUUAUACUCCAAAAGGCCUAAGGAGACAAAUUAUAUUUUCUCAAGGAGAAAGCAAGACACAGCCAGGUACAUUCACCAUCAUGGGGAGUGAAGGUCCUAACAGCCCCCAGGAAGGACUCGUGUCCUCCAGCAGAAGUGCUACAAGGGAAAAAAACGAUUUAUUAAUGAAAGCUGUUAAAAAAAAAGAUGUCAGUCAGAUAAAGCAGCUGCUGAAUGAGGGGGCCGAUGUCAAUUUCCAGGAAGAAGAAGGGGGCUGGACACCUUUGCACAAUGCAGUACAAGGUGGCAGCAAGGACAUUGUGGAGUUGCUCCUUCAUCACGGUGCUGACCCUCAUCAGAGGAAGAAGAAUGGGGCCACCCCUUUCAUCAUCGCUGGCAUGGAGGGACAUGUGGAACUGCUCAGACUUUUCCUUUCCAAGGGAGCAGAUGUCAAUGAGUGUGACUCUAAUGGCUUCACAGCUUUUAUGGAAGCUGCUUGUCAAGGUAAUGUUGAAGCCUUAAGGUUCCUCUACGACAACGGGGCAAAUGUGAAUUUGCCUCGGGAGACGAAGAAGGAUCAGAAGCUCCUUGGGAAAGGAGGGUGCACGGCUCUCAUGGAUGCUGCUGAGAAGGGCCACAGCGAUGUGUUGAGGAUUCUCCUGAAAGAGAUGGGGGCAGAGGUCCAUGCCCGUGACAACAUGGGCAGAAAUGCCUUGAUCCGUGGCCUUCAGCACUCUCCGGAUGAAGAGGUGGAGGAAGUUACCCGCCUUCUGCUGGAGCACGGGGCUGAUGUUUGUGCGAGAGGAGAAAGAGGGAAGACGACCCUGAUACUGGCAGUGGAAAAGAAGCGUGUUGGUUUGGUGCAGAUGCUUCUGAAACAUACAGCAUCUGGAACACCAGAGCACAUAGAAAUUGAUGCAAGAGAUAAUGAAGGCCGAACAGCACUGUGGGCCGCUGUGGAGCUCAACCAGAAGGAGAUCGUUAAGUUACUGUGUGAGAAGGGAGCCAGCACAGACUGUGGAGAGCUUGUCUGCAUGGCAAAGCAUAAACUUCAUGACAAUAAACUUGCAAAGCUUCUUUAUUCUUAUGGGGCGAAAGAUUGCUCCCAUCGCCCUGCUGAAGACUGGAAGCCUCUGAGCUCGCGUUGGGGGAAAAACCUGAAAAACCUCCAUGCAAUGUGCCACCCUAACAUUGGCAAACUCAAGAUCUUGAUGAACGAUGACUACAAAAUUGCUGACACUUCUAAAGGGGGUGUCUACCUGGGGCUCUAUGAAAAGCAAGAAGUGGCUGUGAAGAUGUUCCGCGUGGACAGCGAACACGCCCGAAGGGAAGUGGACUGCCUGCGCCACUUCCGGGAGCACAGUAACUUUCUGACCUUCUAUGGGCAUGAGAGCAAUGGGAGCUGCUUGUAUGUGUGUGUGGCCCUCUGUGAAAGGUCUCUGGAAGAGCACUUGGAGGAGCACAAAGAGCACGCUGUGGAGGAUGAGGAAGAUGCACUUGGCCAGAAUGUCCUAGCAUCUGUACUUAAAGCUGUGCAAGAAUUACACUGGAAUAAAUAUAGACAUCAGGAUUUGCAGCCAAAAAACAUCUUAAUAGAUUCCAAGAAUGCUGUUCGCCUGGGAGAUUUUGAUCAGAGCAUCAAGUGGACUGGUGAUCCCCAGGAAAUCAAGAGUGAUCUAGAGGCUCUCGGACGGCUGGCCCUGUAUGUGGUAAAGAAGGGGCAGAUCCCUUUUGAGAGGCUGAAGGCUCAAAGCAAUGAACAGGUGCUUGACCUUUCUCCAGAUGAGGAAACUAAGGACCUCAUUCAUCACUUGUUCUGUCCUGGGGAAUACAUGAGGGACUAUCUGAAUGACCUGCUGGGUCAUCCCUUCUUUUGGACUUGGGAGAACCGGUAUAGGACACUUCGGAAUAUAGGAAAUGAAUCUGACAUCAAAAGGAGAAAAUGGAAGAGUGAAAUCUUCCAAAUACUACAACCUGGGGCAUCUGAAGGUUCCAAAAGCUUUGCUAAGUGGCCAAAUAAGAUUGACAAACUUAUCAUGGAAAAUAUGGAUAAAUUCUAUGAAAAAAAUGGUAACUUUUACCAGGAGAAUGUAGUUGACCUGCUGAAGUUCAUCCGGAAUAUAGGAGAGCACAUUAAUGAGGACAGAAAUAAAUGGAUGAAGGAAAUAACUGGAGAACCUUCCCGUUAUUUUCAGAAGACAUUUCCGGAUUUGACGAUCUAUGUCUAUAGAAAACUGAAGGAUACAGAAUACAAAAAGCACUUUCCCCAAACCCACAACCCAACCAAGCCUCAGGAGGACCAAGGCACCCUCGCCAACGUGUUGGCCUGUUCAGAGUGCUGACUGAGCCUUUCAUGUUCAAACUGUCAUUCUAUUAGACGUGUGCUUCUUAGGAAGCUGCAACUCUCUGGGCCACUUAACCGACCUUUUGCUAGUGAGGGAGGAGCUGGAUACCUGGUAUGUCAGUUUCUGUCACGGGGUCACUGUGCACUGCAGGCAUGUGAGACAAUGGCAGUAUAUCCCCAAAAUGCUUUAGUUCAUCUUAGAGGACAAACUUACUGGCAGGAAGUGAGAAGCACUCUAGUAAGAUUUUUUUCCUAUCAAUUACACCAGAAAAGAGUGCUAAGCCUUCAAAGCCAAUAUGUUGUACUAGCAAUUAUCUCAUUUAGUUUUCUCAAUGACCUUGUAAAAUAGAAUUUAUUAUCCCCACUUAAAUAUCUGGGAGUUUGAGCUACUUGCGCAGGAUUGUACAGCUUGUACCAAGCACUGUAUAAAUGGAUGUUGGUGUUACUGUUACCUCUCACUUGGGAAAUUUUGACACUUAAUUAGAAGCUUUUCUGGUUAAGACCCAAGAGAAAUAUGCCAGAGAGGUUCCGGGGGGCUCAUUCAUUCAGUCAAUGAUUGUUGAGCACCAUUAUAAGUCCAGGUAGUAGUUAUAUGAAUUCAAUUUCUCCUGGGAGCACUUAUGCUGGUUUUCCAUGACCUUAAAGCAGAAGUUCUGAACUAGGAGCAAUUUAGCUUCUCAGAGGACAUGCGGCAAUGUCUGAAGAAGUUUCUGGUGUCACAGGUAGAUAGGGGCAGACGCUGCUGGCAUUGAGUAGGUAGAGUUAUUCUGCAAUGUACCAGACUGUCCCACAACACAAAAUUAUUCAGACCAAAAUACCUGUGGUGCUAGGUUAAGAAAGCCUGUCUUGAGGGGUUGGGACACUUUUGAACUGCUUGGAUCCAGGCAGCGAAGCAUGCAGGCCACUCCUCCACAAAGCAGUGACUCAGAUUUAUUUUGUUGCUGCUGAAUCUGUAGCUCCUUCAUGUGUCAGUAGCUCAGGGAAUUCUCCUCCUUCCUCACUUCCAUACUUGUUCUGAUGCCAAGAAACACAUCAGCACACGCUUCUCUUCACCUUGUAACUUUGGUUUCCCUACUGGUAUUGAAGCUUCUUACGGCCACUGACUAAUUUUGAAUUGAUAUGAUUAUUGCUCAGUGAAGUGUGUGCCUCCUGCUCAUGCUUCGUGAGUGCUCACUGAAUAAUGAGCGAGUUCUUGUCGCUGUUUGUGAAUAACCCUGCCUUACAUUUUUAUGGUGUGUUAUGAUUCACACACUGCGUCUGCAUAUUUUUCUGUCAUUUUCUUUUUGAAACAGUCCUGUGAGGUGAGCGUAUCAAUCCUCAUUUUGGUGAUGAAGAAAAUAAGGUUAGGAAUAUUUGAUUUACUCUAGAACUUAUAGCUAAGAAGUGUCAUUAUCUUGAUUGGAACAGAUUUUGGUGCUUAGUCUGAUGUUGUUUCCAUUUUUCAUGGAAUAUGAACAAAAUAGUAUUUAAGGCUCUUGUUGAAUAGGAAAUAUCUAGUAAUAAAUUAAUGGGUGUCGUUGGAUGAAAUUAAGAUGUACUGAAAGGAAUGAACUGGAGGCUUUAAUAAAGGUUUUAUGAACAGCAAGAAAGCUUUAGGCUUUAAAAUUAAGCUUUGGUUGUCCAAUUUGUAAUGAAUAUCUGCUUAUGUCAAUCAAAUGCCCACUGGGGAAGCAUACUCAAUAAAAUUUUGAUUCAUUUUAUUAAAUCUGA